CGAGGUACCUACCUAGGUAGAGGUACCCACCUAGGUACCUAGUGAAUUAGGUAAGGUGGGGCGUUCUCUUCGGCCCGUGUUUAGUCAGUGGCGUCACCGGGAGGUGCCGGGACUCGCUUUCCGCCGAGCUGUUGACAAAUCCGCGCCAGCUGAAUUUAUUUUUCCUGCCAACACCUUUCGAUCUUGUCGCAAAAUUAUCGUGAGCUUCGGCGCCGGUGUUUUCUUUUUUUACGCUUAUUUUCAUUUUAGACCCAUUACAGUAAUAGAAUGGCUGCAGACACGAGAGAGCCACAGUCCAACGAGCUGCCUAAGGGAGUGGUCAUAGGAAAGGAUGGCAAGCCAUGUCGAUCAUGCACUUCAAAAAGGGAUUUCUCUGCGUGGGCACAGAUGACUAAAUCCUCGCUCAAAUCUGGUAGUAAUGCUGGAACAGGCGCUGCUGUCGGGGCUGGAGCGGCGGCCGCGGCGGGCUCUACGUUUUCGUCGCCGCAAUCUACUCCGGAUGAUUGUCCACCUGACGUAGAAACAUUGGGCCGAAGCACGUGGACACUACUGCAUUCCAUCGCCGCAACGUAUCCCAAGACGCCAAGCGCCGCUCAGCAGUCCGACCUCCGGACAUUCAUGGGAACCUUCUCGAGACUGUAUCCGUGCUGGGUAUGCGCCGAAGAUUUCCAGCGCUACAUGGAGAAAGACCAUAUCAAAGUCGGUAGCCGAGACGAGUUCGGGAAUUGGUUAUGCGAAGCGCAUAAUGCUGUUAAUGUCAAGCUAGGCAAAGAGAAAUUCGACUGUUCCAAGUGGGAGGAGAGGUGGCGGACCGGCUGGAAAGAUGGACGCUGCGACUGAAUUAUGAAUUUUUUUUCGUCCCCGAGAAUCUUUGCUUUACAAUUAUUAAUUCACGAUACCUUUUUUUCGCCCCUGGUUGAGGCAUAAACCGGAAACCGG